UAUUCUAGCCGUAAAUUAUCGGUGCUCGAUUCAGUCCGAUGCGAUGGUCGGUUAUCGACUGCUUUGGCCUGGUUAGUGUUUUGUGUUUUGAGCGCUGCUAAAACAUGGCGGCGCCCUCGUGUGACGGCCAGCUUGUUCCUAUCAAAAAGCCUACAUCAGUCCAAAGACCUCGGCGAGUGGCCAAUCAGAUUCCAGAUGAAAUUCUGCAGGAUCCCGAGUUGCGGGAAGCAAUGAAAGCCUUACCUGCAAACUACAACUUUGAAAUCCCCAAGACUGUAUGGCGAGUGAGACAAGCCAAGGCGACAAGAGUGGCUCUCCAGUUUCCAGAAGGCCUGCAAUUAUUUGCCUGCGUCAUCGCCGACAUCAUCGAGAGGUUCACGGAAGCGGAUACCAUCGUGAUGGGGGACGUGACGUACGGGGCUUGCUGCCUGGACGACUUCACCGCACGAGCCUUGGGAGCCGACUUCAUGGUGCACUACGGGCACAGCUGUCUCGUCCCCAUCGACUCCACCGCCGGGAUUAAGAUGCUCUACGUCUUUGUGGACAUCCAGAUGGACAACGCGCACUUUCUGGACACGCUCAAGUUCAACUUCCGGCCCGGACAGUCCCUGGCGCUUGUCAGCACGAUUCAGUUUGUGGCUGCGUUGCAGGCUGUGAGCGCAGCCCUCAAGCCCGAGUACGACGUGCUGGUGCCACAGUGUCGACCUCUGUCACCCGGAGAGAUUUUGGGCUGCACCUCUCCUCGCUUGGACCGUGAUGUCAAUGCCAUCAUCUAUUUGGGUGAUGGAAGAUUUCAUCUGGAGUCCAUCAUGAUUGCAAAUCCAGAUAUUCCUGCCUAUAGAUACGACCCCUACAGUAAAAUCUUCUCCAGGGAGCACUACGACCACGAGGCCAUGCGCGCCUUGAGGCUGGACGCCAUCCGCAAGGCUCGCUCGGCCCAAAGGUGGGGGCUCAUUUUGGGCACGCUGGGCCGGCAGGGAAAUCCAAAAGUUCUGGAGCACUUGGAAUCAAAGCUGGAGUCGGUGGGCAGGAGCUUUUCCAGAGUUCUCCUGUCCGAGAUUUUCCCCAGCAAGUUGGAUCUGCUGCCCGAUGUUGACGCGUGGGUGCAGAUUGCAUGUCCGCGCCUGUCCAUCGAUUGGGGUUCGGCCUUUUCCAAACCGCUACUGUCUCCCUAUGAGCAUCUGCAUUCAAAUCAUUCGGGCUGCACUUGCAUAAGGAACGUAUCCCCACAUGGUCUCUGGCUAGCAGCCGUGGCCCUCCAGGAGACAGCCUGGAAGGAGGUCUACCCCAUGGACUUCUAUUCCAAUCAGAGCCUGGGGCCGUGGACCCCCAACCACCCCUCCAACCAGCCGCCUCGCCCCACUCGCGCCCAGGCACGCUCUCCAGCUGCUUCCCUGCAGAACGCCAACAAACAGUGUACACGGCCGCAAUGCGCCCCCUGCAGUUGCCAGGCGGAAUGACAAAAGGGACACGUUGAAAGACUUGGACUGGAACAAAGUGGGUAUACACUUAAUCCAGCCAAUAUGCCACACAAAAAAAAAAUCUCUCACUUCUUACAGCAAAUGACUUGUGCACAUUUUGCAGCGUGCACGCACUUGAGAUAAUAGCUUCUACGUGCUCAUGUAUGAGUCAUAUUCCCUCGGAGAAGCGGACGGGUGUUUUUACCGAUAUAGGGUGCAAAUGUAAAGUUGGAAAAAAAAAAAGAGAGACAAUGACCCAGAGUGACUUUGGUCGACCCUUGUGACCUUGAUUUAACUUGGGUCCCUUUGUGGCAUCUGCUCUGUAAGAUGGAGCUCUUUAUUUAUUUAACAGAGCUCUCUGUAGAAUGUUUAUGGGAAUUUAUAAUACAAUAAAUGAAAAUAAGAUAUAUAUAUUUCUGUUGGAGUUUUUGGCAGCUGUUUUUUUUCCACCAAAUGUAAGAUGGAGCAAGAAUAUCUGCCAGUCACGACUCUUUCCAUCCUCAUUAUUUAUGGAUGGAGGAUUCUGGUAAUAAAUAAAUAUGUAAGAAAAAGAAAAACAUACAAAUUUUGCUGCAGGAAAAGCUGACUGUCCUUCACACAACCUGAGAUACCCCCCCCCCCCUACCUCUCUUGCCCCCCCCCUUUCUUCUCUCGUGGGUGGGAUUGGGUUUUAAUGCCCCCCAAAAAAUUCCUACACUUUUCCCAUCACGGCGUCUCCUUGGCAACACGUCGAUCCUCCCCGACUUGUGUCUCACGUUGAGCAUAUGGGUAGAUGCACAGCAGCAAAGAAGAAAUCAUCGGUCUCGCUGAAACCUUUGUAAUGGUUUUUUUUUUUCCUUUUUUUUUUUUUUUCCAUCAAGAGACUGCAGGAACAUUUGACAAUUACAGUUACAGUGUUUCUUUAAACUAACAGUUGCACUUUCCUAAAACAAAAUGAUUUACUCAUUUUAUUACCACCAGACAAUUGUGGACAUGGUUUCCUAUUUGAUAUGGGAAAUUAUGUGCAGGCUUCUCACAAAAAGUAAAAAAUAACUAUUGAUAAGUAAAAUAAUAUAUUUUUUUCUCAAAUAUCUUUUUAAACUGACAUCUCCUCUUUCUUACACUCUUUCUUUUCCCUUGACUGAUCAAGAGCGAGCUCAAGAGAGCAGCCUACAGAAAAUCACGAUUAGAAAUAUCUGUGCUAAACUGCAAUACCAUGUGUGCCCGUUAAAUGUCACUGUUCGCACAGUUUAUUUUCAAUAAUGUGAGUCACCUCUUCUCAGGAGUGGCCUUGUGGUUCGGCACAAUCAUCCUUUACAAUUUCCGUGACUUUUUCACUGACACAGAAAUUUUAAAAAAUUAAAGCAGUGUUUUGCAUCUGUUUGGCAGGAAAUGCAGAAGUAAAUUGCUUUUGUCAACCGUACUCUGCCCCCUUGCUUUCUCUAAUUAGCCUUUCUUAAUUAGAUUUAUAGUCACUCAUCGUGUUGCGUGUGAACUGUCGAGACGUUUCGUAGGUGGCUGACAAACUGAGAAAGUCUGAGGGAGAAGAAUCGACGCCGAGUAGGCUGCUUGAUUUUAUUGUGACAAUUAUAAUGACAGCUAGUCAUGGAACGCUACGAAGAUACCGUACGUCUUUGUCAGCCAUUUAUGAGCUGCUUCGCAUCUAUGGCAAUAUUAUUAUUUUAUUUUUUGUCUUUGUGCAGUGCGAGAACACUUGAUGGCUAAGUUAGCACAUAUGCUAAUGCUACCAUACUAAUAUUCUAGAGCCCCUGAAAUUGGUGACGCUUCUCCUUUACAAAUCAAUUCUGAUUAUUUUGAUACCAUUACUUCAGGGUGUGAAUAUACCUUAACCCGAGAAAAGGCCGACAACUUUGUGUAAAUGUCGAAAUUAGAAAAAUUCCAAAUGCAAUUAGUUCAGGAGUUAAGGCUCAUCGACAAAGACCACUGGGGAAAUCGAAACAGUAAAUACCACUGUGUGUGUGUGUGUGUGUGUUGCGGUUGCCGAGUGCAUGAAGCUUGAAAAAGAGUCUUUGAAGGAAAACAAAUAAGUGGUAUAAAGCGAUGACUAAUCCUGCGUAGGAGCUCGGCUCAAGCACCCCACCGCCACAACGCACACACACUUAGACAAGCAGCACAGUGUCAUCACUGUCCUCAAUUUUCCUCUCCAUGAACCCACUUUGACCUUUCCCGAGAUGGUUAUUUCAAGGAAACUAGCUCCAUUAUUUUACUGAGAUGCCCUUUGAGAGGGUUGAUUAUUGCUUUCCGUGUCCCAUCUGAUGCUCCAGGAACAAGUGUUAUGAAAAAUAAUGCUGAUUUAGAAGAACUUCCAUUAGUCCUCUGAGUCAUUGUUAAAAGGGCUGAAGGAAGGGGAAACAAAACAGCAGUAAGAGAGCGAGGAGGAAAUGUGACUCAUUGGUGAGCGAUGCGUGUUGUUGCUGCUGCAAGUAGAGCCGAGCACCAUCUCAUCUCCUCGAGGAUGUCUUGGCUCGCUGUGUGAUUGUCUUGGAGAAUGUUUAUUUCUCCUUCUAUUAUUAAGUAUCUAGGAUGGUGAGGCCUAUUCUAAAGGAUGAGGAUUAAUUUCCAUUUUAUUGAUCUCAACAGCGACAAGUGUCUUAAUGCAACAUAUUAGAGAAGAUCUUCAACCUUGGCGUCAUUUUUGAUACCACACUAUUGUUUGAUUUAGACUAAAGAUGGUAAUUUAAAAAAAAGUUUUUAUCCUUGAAAAAUGUGGUGUACCGCAGGGAUCAAUUUUAAGUCCUCGCUUUCUUACCCGUAUCAUCAGAGGUUAACAAAUAUAUUUUUAUUUAUUUUCAUUUUACUGUCACUCCUGUGUGUUAUUUUUUAUAACAUACAAUAUAAAUUGCUAUUUUCCACCCAAGAGAUCCGUUUUAGUUGUAACGUUUUCAUUACCUCCCAGAUGUACAAUGAAAGGCGAAUUUUUCAUUUGUGCCGUCUGGCGAGUAUUAGUAUUCGGGAUGCUGCAGGUGCUUCCUUUCACAGAUCAGAGACUUGAGCUGAAUGGAUGGCCACCAUCACGUCAGAGGCUUGGGCUCCACCCUCCAGGCCAUGUAGAUGUAUGGACGGAUGCGCGUUACGUAACAACCUUCUUCACAUGACUCGGCGACAACCAAUUAGGGUGGUGUCCUUUAGAUGUCCGUUCCCACGUUGAUGAACAUGCGAGCAUGUAGCAGGAUAUUAAAAGGAUUUAAAGGGAAAAAAAAAAAAGGCGGGCGGUCGCG